UUAGUUCAGUGUUGAGUUUGUGAUUUAUCGCGCUGUCAACAAUGCAGUUGUGUACCUGCGUGCAUGAGUUUGCAUGUAUUUACAUAAUGAAGAAGCUAGUACGUUAAUUUUUUAGUGCUUAAGCAAGAAAAAGAAAACAAAAGAUUAUGUAUUUUUUAUUCGGAAAAGCUGAAGAGUUGGAAAUCAUAUGCUGAAAAAAUCAUAUGUGAAUUGAAAACAGAGUGAGGUUGUUGCAUGUUAAAAACUAAUUUAUUUAAUUAUGAUAGUCAUGGAGCUGUUACUCGGAGUACAAAUAAAUUCGGAGUUAGUGAUGCCGAUCACGUUGAGUGGCAUAAAUCUAAAAACAAAAGUGGAAGAGUUGAAGCAAGAAGCUGCUGACAGAUGGAACCUGCCUAAAGAUUCAUUGGAUUUUAUUUAUUGUGGACUUAUACUGGAGAAUGACGCUACAGUAGAAUCUGUUGGCUUGAAAAAUGGAUCAAUGAUACAUGCUCAACAGAAAAAGGAACCAGAACCAAUAGUAAAGAAUAAAUUUGUAUCAGAAGACUGCAUUUUACAACUGACAUCAGCAUUUAAAUCUUUCAAUGAGACUCCGGCAUUCAGAAUUGCUCUACAUCGUUUAAGUAAAAGACCAGAAGUGAUAGAGAAUAUAAUUUUCUCCUGCCCUGGAUUACAUGAGGAUACUGUUGCCAUUGCCAUACUGUUAGAUGCUGAUUUAAUGGCACAUUUCACAGAUGUUGAUACUGUAAAAAGAAUCGCGGAGAUGCAUCCAGCAUUGAUCGAAGCAGCACAGAAUAUUGCGGCGGCCGUGCACGAAGAAGCGCAUAAUGUAGCUUCCAGUGGCUCUUCCAGCAGUUCCGUGGGCAGUUCACAGCCUACUACAGCGCGCUCUUACAGCGUGGACAAUAUGAGCUUUGAAGAGGAAAUGGCGCGCGACAUUGCUCACUUCUUUGCCACUCACCCUGUAACCGAUUCUAAUUUGCAUUUCCCCAAUUCGCCGCCGACUGCGAAUUCACAGAGUUCGCAGCGACUGGACAAUCCGCCGUCCUCAACAUCUGGCAAUACCAAUCAAACUGCGGCUAGCAACCAGAACAACCAGAGCACUGGUGUGAUUACGACGGAAAUGUUCAUGGAUGCGAUGAGGCAAGCCACACUGGCGACAAAUCCAAAUCCGCAGCAGGUAGCUGCGUCCCCGGUAGCUUCCUUGUCGCCGGUGCUGCCGCCAAUGUUGCCGCCGUUUUCGUCGCCGGUCACCGAUCUGCAGAGGCAAUUGGCGCAAAUGCACGAGAUGGGUCUCCAGGAUGACACGGUGAACAUUCAAGCGUUACAAUUUACCAAUGGCGAUGUACAAGCGGCGAUUGAACUUGUGUUCAGUGGUUUCAGUGAUAAUUAACGGGUAAGAUUAAAAUAAAAGUGAUGUAAGUGAUGCCAGGGAUGCUCCAGAAUCUCUAGAUGAUUCAACUUGAAUAUUUACGGCGCUUAAUUUGUGACGGGAUUAACAUUGACCUAUACAUAUGUAAGAUAUAAAGAUGUGUUCAAAUAUUCUGUGAACCUUAUUGCAUGAGGAAAACUUUGUCUUUUAUAUGAUUUUUGAUGGGCUAUCUUCAGACUAAUAUCUUCAAUGAUGAUAUAGCGGUGAGAUUUGUGUAACUUUUCUAUCUUUCGAAGACCGUUUGAAGAUUGUUAUUCUAAUUUUUUAGACCAAAGUGAGUAGGAUUCGUUCCUUGUAUUUGUGUAAAAAAUUAUGAAAAAAAGAUUAAUAUCGUAUAUUGAGAAAAGUGUAUUAAAAAAAUAAAAUUACAGACUU